GUCCUGCGUCUCUGUCUCCCCCUCCUGUCCUCAGCACCAGCCUGCGUUUCCCUCUAUUAUUUUUCACUCAGUUUCUCGCAGUUUAAAAUGGCGGCGUUGAGCAGCGCCGAGUCUCCACCGCCCGUCUUUAACGGAGACACCGCGGAGCGGGAGCCGGGCAGAGAGAGGGGCCUGGAGGAGCUGGGCGCCGGGCUGGACUCCUCCUGCUCGUCGGGGAUCCCCGGGGGUCCGCAGGAUGAGGAGAUCUGGAAUAUCAAACAGAUGAUCAAGUUGACACAAGAACACUUAGAGGCUCUUCUGGACAAGUUUGGAGGAGAACACAAUCCUCCCUCCAUAUAUCUAGAGGCCUAUGAGGAGUACACCAGUAAACUAGAUGCCCUGCAGCAGAGGGAGCAGCAGCUGCUGGAGGCCAUGGGGAACGGUACAGACUUCUCCUGCUCCCCUUCUCCCACGCCAGCCCUACUGGAGGUCAAGAUGGGAGGUUGCGGAGUUGGAGGCGGGGCUCAGGCCUUUCCCUCAGCCCCGAACACCUUGGCUGUCCUGCAGACCCCCACCGACGCCAGCCGAGCCAACCCUCGCUCCCCACAGAAACCCAUCGUUAGGGUCUUCCUGCCCAACAAACAGAGAACAGUGGUCCCAGCUCGCUGCGGGAUGAUUGUGAGAGACUCGCUGAAGAAAGCUCUGAUGAUGCGAGGUCUCAUUCCAGAGUGCUGUGCAGUGUACAGGAUACAGGAUGGAGAGAAGAAGCCUAUUGGCUGGGACACAGACAUCUCCUGGCUGACAGGAGAGGAGUUACACGUAGAAGUGUUGGAGAAUGUUCCACUGACCACACACAACUUUGUGAGGAAGACCUUCUUCACACUGGCCUUCUGUGACUUCUGCAGAAAGCUGCUGUUCCAGGGUUUCCGCUGUCAGACCUGUGGAUACAAGUUCCAUCAGCGCUGCAGCACUGAGGUUCCUCUCAUGUGUGUCAACUAUGACCAGCUAGACUUGUUGUUAGUGUCCAAGUUCUUUGAGCAUCACCCGUUCACCCAGGAGGAGGUGUCCUCAGAGGGAACCACCCCCGUGUCUGAGGCCUGUCCGUCACUCCCCCCAUCUGACUCCACUGGGUCUAUAUGCCACACCACUGUGUCACCGUCCAAGUCCAUACCCAUCCCGCCCAGUUUCCGGCCCAACGAGGAGGACCACCGCAACCAGUUUGGCCAACGGGACCGUUCGUCCUCCGCCCCUAACGUCCAUAUUAACACCAUUGAGCCUGUCAACAUUGAUGACCUGAUCCGAGAUCAGAGUUUACCAAGGUCAGAUGGAGCCCCCCCGACCCACCCCGCCCGCUGCUUGAGGAAGCACCGAACACGGACCUCAAGCCCCCUCCUAUACUCCUACCCCAAUGACAUAGUGUUUGAUUUUGAGCCCGAGCCUGUUUUCCGAGGCUCCACCACGGGGCUGUCAGCCACACCACCUGCCUCUUUACCCGGCUCUCUGACCAACGUCAAGGUCCCACAGAAGUCACCAUGCCAAACCAGGGAGCGCAAGUCGUCUUCCUCAUCUGAGGAUCGCAAUAAGAUGAAAACCCUGGGGAGAAGGGACUCCAGCGAUGACUGGGAAAUCCCAGAGGGUCAGAUCACUCUGGGUCAGAGGAUAGGCUCUGGGUCCUUUGGAACUGUCUUCAAGGGAAAGUGGCAUGGCGAUGUGGCAGUGAAGAUGCUGAACGUCACUGCUCCCACGCCACAACAGCUUCAGGCCUUCAAGAAUGAAGUGGGAGUCCUCAGGAAAACGCGUCAUGUAAACAUCCUGCUGUUCAUGGGCUACACCACCAAGCCUCAGCUGGCCAUAGUGACCCAGUGGUGCGAAGGCUCCAGUCUGUAUCACCACCUACACAUCAUCGAAACCAAGUUUGAGAUGAUCAAGCUGAUCGACAUUGCCCGUCAGACUGCUCAGGGCAUGGAUUACCUGCAUGCCAAAUCAAUCAUCCACAGAGAUCUGAAGAGCAACAAUAUUUUCCUCCAUGAGGAUCUGACAGUGAAGAUCGGUGACUUUGGCCUGGCUACAGUCAAGUCCCGCUGGAGUGGCUCCCACCAGUUUGAGCAGCUGUCUGGCUCUAUACUGUGGAUGGCUCCAGAGGUGAUCCGGCUGCAGGACAAGAAUCCCUACAGCUUCCAGUCAGACGUCUACGCCUUUGGCAUCGUGCUGUACGAGCUCAUGUCAGGAGCACUGCCCUACUCCAACAUCAACAACAGAGACCAGAUCAUAUUCAUGGUCGGUCGAGGUUACUUGUCUCCUGACCUCAGUAAGGUGCGCAGCAACUGUCCGAAGGCCAUGAAGAGACUGAUGGCCGACUGCCUGAAGAAGAAGAGAGAGGAGCGACCUCUCUUCCCUCAGAUCUUGGCGUCCAUCGAGCUGUUGGCUCGCUCAUUACCCAAAAUCCACCGCAGCGCCUCUGAGCCUUCGUUAAACCGAGCCGGCUUUCAGACGGAGGACUUCAGCUUGUACGCCUGCGCCUCACCCAAAACCCCCAUCCAGGCCGGUGGCUACGGGGAGUUUUCGGCAUUUAAGUAAGUGCUGCAGAUCCCACCAGUCCAUCCCUCGUCACUUCUCAAAAGUCUCAUGUCCCUGCGGUGGAUUCAUUCAUUACUGAAAAAAAAAAAAAGAAAAAUUAGUCUCAAAGAAUGGGCUGUUUUCUUCCUCCAUCAACCUGAAGAAGGCAGCCUCACCAGAGGCAACAAAAGCUGUCUAGCAGGCAAAACAGCCACAGCAACAGACAAAACUGAAUUAGGGAAAAAAAAAAAAAAGAAACUUGAAUGACACAGAAACAAAAAAAAAUAUCUAUACCAAAACAGUUUUCUUGCCUGCUGGAGGAAAAGAAGAUGAAGGCAAACAGAAGGGGAGAUGGAGGUGAAACGUCAGGAGAGGUCGAAGCUUUGGGUGCCACUCAUCUCGUCGUGUCCUGUGCGGGUGAGGAGGGAGGCUGGUUUAUCAGAUGGGCCAUUGAACUGCACUUUGAGCGACGGCAGAUUGCGGCCUGUGGAAGGAGAAGCAGCCUCCCCGUCUGACGGUUGAGAUGGAAGGCCAGGUGUUAGCCUGUCCCCCAAGAAGAGCUGGAGGUCACUCAGCAAGAGUUAACCCUGAAGGAAGAUGACUUGAAAGAUAGAUCUAUUUUUACUUUUUCAUUUGUUUCUCAUGUUUCAGAUUUUAGCUAGCAGUUGCUAGGAAUGACGAGCUUUUUUGUCCUUUCUUUUGAAGAGACGGUAGCUAUUUUAGAAGACAGCUUUCCUUCUGAUCAUGCAGCACAGCUUUUGCUCUUUUUUGUUUUUAUGAGCUUAAUGCUGCAAAUUACUGUAUUUUGCCUUCUUGUUUGCCUCCAACGAAUUUGACACCAGUGAUGAAACAGCAGCAGCUCAUCAUCUAUGGAAAGAUUUUGCAUGUGAAAGCAGGAGAAGCAAUACUUCUCCGAUUUUCAGUAGAAAAGUCCAGAGCCUGCACUGUUUUAACGGUAGCUGUUGUUUGGGAGGAAAAUGUUAAUUCGGUUGGUGAUGGAAGCUACAUGAGAGGGAUUCCUUAUUCCCUUUAAAGAACCUGGUCUAAGCCAACUAAUAAGAUAUGUGUUGAUGAGAGCUUUAGAGGUGUUGGAUAUUUUUCUACCGAGACGCUCUAUCUUUUCAGAGGAUUUCAUGUGAAAGCAGGAGAUGUGGUGCUUUCUGUAGGUUUCUGGUAGAAAAGAGAGCCUGAUGUGUUUGGCUAACCACGGGAGCUGUUCAGUGGUGAUGGAAUCUGUUUAAAGAGCCUGGUUUAAGCCAAGCUGCUGCCCAGGAUUAAUGCUGAGUGUGUACAGUACUUGUGGCUUCUCUAAGCUUUGAAGUUGUUACACAGCGUCUUUGCAACAAAGCUUUUAAUUUGCUUCUGACGCUUUUCCACAAAACCCAACCUCAGAAUUUCUUCUUUUUUUUUUUUGUGAUGCCAAGUGCAUGUUGUGUCAUUUUUUGUUUGUUUUGUUUGUUUUUAUUUUUCGUUCGUUUUGAUCAUGUGGCUUUAAUAUUGCACUCAGCUUCAAAUGGGGACCUUACUUGUUGCAGCUGCUGACUGAUAGGCUGCAGCGUAAUCUGCUGAAAGGACCAGUGAUGUUCUGGGGAGUUCUGUUAGUCUUGAAGAAGUCUGAAAAUGUUCUUUCACCUUUACCUUUUUUACACACAUGCACCUGUACUUUUUUCAUUCCAGCGUGUGUUAAGGGUUGUAGGUGUAACAGGUUCUUUUUAUUUUGUUAUUGUCAUUGUUUGCCUUUUUCUGUACAGGCAGGCCUGCAGAUAUUUACUUAUUUAUGUGAAUCUUUUUGUUUUAUGGAUUAAUUUUCAGAACCGCUUUAUUUGACGCUAUCCGUUCUUCUUUUGACGCUUGUUUUAGUCUUUGUGACUCGUGUACUUGCACUUUGUAGAGAUGGAUUGAAGCAAAUGAGCGACUUGCCUUGACUUUUUUUAAAAUGAAGAAUAAAUUGUGACAUGCAGAGCUGAUGACCCAAAAUCCAUCUAAUGCAUGAGUCAUCUGCAGGGGCUGAAGUGUGAAUAUUUUGCUGGAAAGGCUCAGUUGUCAUCCAAGGACUGUCUGAUAAAGCCUCCAGGAGCUGAGUAUGUCACCAUACCUAGUGUGAUGCGAGCUGAGAAAAUGAGACUGCUGGCUUGAUAAAUGGAUGUUUUUGGAGAUAGAGCACACAGUUGAAGCAUCCACCCAAACACCAACAAACUGCUUCUUCACAUUCAUCAUGGAUCAUGUAUGUCUUUACAUCAGACACAUCAUGAACUAACCUCCCAGGCAUCCCCCUCCCACAGCAAUGUUAUUACACAUUGUUCUGCAUACCUUUUUAUGGAAGAGUCCAGUAUGUUAGGAAAUAUACUGUCAUAUUAACCAUCAGUCCCCCUCUUGCAAGUCUAUGAUAAAAGACCAGGCUGUAACCUAGCUUAGCACAAAGACUGGAAAUGGGGGUAGGCUGCUAGCCCUGACCAGGACAGUCUUAGUGCUUGUCUUGGUCCUGGAUCACAACCUGUAAUUUGAACCUUUUAGACACUGAGCAGCAUGAAAUGUGUUACAGGAAGCAUAUUGAAAAGGUGAACUGAUAGGAAAUCUUUGUAGCCACUUAAAAGGUGGGAAAACCUACACGAGGUAGGUGCAACACAUUUCCCAGGCUCAGACAACAGACAAAUGUGUUUGCCAAAGUGUGAUCAAAAUUUGAAGAGUAACCAAAUCCAAAUGUAUGUGAAGCCUCCUGUUUACUGGUGUAGGCAGAUGUUGGGUGGUCUGUAAUCCCAGGUGAUGGCACUCUGUUGGUGCACUUGAUUUACAUAGCAGUAGAUGGGGAAAAGCUUUUGAUGGAUAAUCCCAGGUUUAUUACAACUGGGAUCUUAUUUUGGUAGGUCUGAUCAACAUUCCUGACAAUGGGCCAGGCUUUCAGUUUUUAUUUUGAAAGUUUGAAAUACUGUUCCAUCGUAGAAAAUAGAUAUUCAAACCGAAAUGAUCUGCUCCAAUGUAAAAUUCACAGUGGAUAAGCGCAAUAGGCUGUGUCUUGUACUCCAGCAGGUGGCAUUAAUAAAAUGUCCUGUCCAUCAGGCCACUGGUGGAAGUAGAAAGAGUGUGAUGGAGCAGGAAUACUCACAGUUAGAUGAUGAGACAGGUUAAAGAUCAACCUCUGGGUUACUUAGACUUAUUUAGAAGAAGAAAGGUAAAUGGUAAAAUGAAAUAAUCUACAGAACAACUGACGGUCCGGACAAAGUCGCAGACUAGCUAGGGAACAUAAUGACGCAUUUAGCUGCUAAAGAGUUAGAUGUUUUUCUCAGGACUUGGUGGAGACCAAACCAGAACAAAAGGAGAGUUAAUAUUUAUCUUAACGUCCAUUUGGUGACCAGAGACACAGCUUUAAAUGAACACUGAUGUUGCUGUGCAUUUGAUGCAUUAGCCAGUAAAACUUUGUCAAAUGUUUUCAGCUUGUAGAGUUCCUCUGCCCCCAAGUGGUCAAUGAAGUUAAUGCCACUUUAAAGCUGUACUAACUGAUUUUAUUUUUGGACACUUGAGAGAAGACGAACUCUACUAGCUGUGAACACAGCAUUGACAUAUCAUCACCUUUUACAGAGCAACAUUAAUAUAAUUUGGUGAUGUUUGCCAGUGUCAGCCAUGUUACUGGUUCACACGAUUCUCUGUUUAAUUGUGCAGCCAUUGAGUCAGGUUGGUCGAAGCAGCAUGUGCAUCCUUGUGUGAUAAAUGCUGUUACGCUUAUUGCGCACAAAUUGGUGUUAGUUGGGUUUUUGAGUGCACCUCCAAAGAAACAGCCGGUAUCUCCUGGCACUAAAGACCAGCCAAUAGCAGACAGCCAGCUCAGUUUGUAGUUUCAUCAGUAGACUUUAAGUGAGAAAGGGUUCCACAGUUCUGUCUGUCCAUUACCUAUACUUGACUCACACAUAGUAUGCAGUUGAGGGUAAGGCUCAUAAAUGGAGACGACGAAAGCCUUUUAUUAAAUAUUACAUAUCCUCCAAUCAUGUGACAUCACUGUUGUGAGUGAUGAUAAUCAGCUCAGUGCUUUGAACUUGUCUGGGCUGUGAAGGAGACUGUAAAGAUAACAAAGAUGCUCUGACAUCAGUAUAAAAAUAUUAGCACAAUAAUACUGGUUCCAGUGGAAGAGGAGGGUAAGGUCAUCAUUAAAUUCCACAAACUAAAAAUGACUGACUAGAUCAUUAGAAUUCAGGGGACUGAUUCUACCACAGUUCAGUGCAACACAUCUGAAACCAGUGGACCACCGGGGAGCUCAGAAUUAUGUUCACUGGCAGAAUCUUUAGAGUAAGAAUUAUAAUCUAAAUUGUAAAGACUUCAGACUUGACUUUAAAUUCUAAUUUCAUCAGUUGAUGUCUUGUUCUUGUGUCCCAACAUGAACAUCACAAACAGUGGGCUUCAGCUUGAAGGAUAGCUGCCCUGACACCCAGUCACGCAGAGGGCAGCUCAGAGUCUGUGGAGUUUGGCAGGAAUCUGCAGAGAACAUGGAUACUUCACAGAGGGAGGAUGCAGCUGGCUACUAAUCACAGUCUGACUUUAUUCUCACAAGAAUAUCGUUUUUCUGAAUUCUGAGAUUUAAGGGCCAGUUCACCCAAAUUACUAACUCAGUUUUCUCAUUUCUCUUCAGUGGAAUCUCUGAAGUCAGAGUGUGUUGUUUUUCAGAUGGAGGUAGAAAGAAUUUAGUUUGUAGUGCUCACAACACUGAACGUGUCACAUGUUCCUCUGGAUGAUCUACACAUUCCAUAGUCCACAGUUAUAACUGAAACCAUUAAAUUACCCAGUAAAUGUUCCCCAUGAAAAUCCUCUUGUUGUGUUCUGUGGUUUAUACAGAUUAAGGCUGGAUGAUAAACUGAAUUUAGCCAUUUAAUGGUCACUGACUGAGCUGAGACUGCUGGUGUUUGUUUGUGCCCAUAGUGAACUUUUUGACUGUAUCUCAUGGUCUUCUUCAGGACGUUGAUACAGAUACAGAUGUUUGAACUUUUGAUGAUUCUGAACAUUCCCAGUUCUUGUUCAUGUUGGCUUAAAUGUUGAGUAAGAGCAGCUAAGAAAACAAUCUCAGCUCAAGGUUUACUUAUUUGCUUGUUCUAGAGCUUUGGAUUGGUUGGAGGUCAACUUUGAAGCCCCUGCAGAUUCAGAAUCUUAGAGGUGCUCGCUGGGAUCACUGGAAGUUUAAACAUCAAGACAUCUGCUGAUGAAGACCAUGUGGCACAGUCCACAAGAAGUGAAUCAAUGAACCUUCAGUUUAGAUUGUAGUGAAGCACUGUUUCCUAGGUUGAGAUAGAAGUGCCAGCCUCAUUAGAAGAAGCCCAUGGCCUCAGUCCUCUUCCACAGGCAUCAGUAUCAUCCUUCAGAUCUGUAUUUGCAGAUGGUGGCAGUUGUCUUCUGCACUGGGAUCUGCUGUUUCACAUUUUCAGAUUGCUCUUUGUUAACAUGAUAGAACCCGAGGAAGCAAACAGCAGUGUCUUUAAGAGUGCUGUCUGUUUUCCAGAGAUCUUUGUUUUCUGUGAGAGUAUGAUCACAGAUGUGUAUCUGUUAAACCUUCAAGGAGCUGUGUCACUGAGGCUCUCCUCUCCACUUCCCUCCUCUGAUCUCACCAUACACCCUCUGCUCCUCCUCUUAACUUUCCGUUCAGACUUUCUCUAUUUUCAUUUCCCUUUGUCUUCUGAUACAUUCCCCCUCUGUCCUCCUUGCCUGCACCUUAAACCCAACAAUUCCUUUCAACUGAGAACUAUCAUGAAAAACUUUAUGGAGAUUUGUUUUGUUUAGUUUUAUUUAGUUUCACCUGUAAAUAGUUGUACAAAGGAAAUACUGUCAGUUUGCUAGGAGGCAUGGAGACUACAAAUGUAACAAAUUAUAAAAUGUUCAAAAUAAAGAGACAAAGAUUAAAUGAAAUUUUGAUAGGCAGACUUCUGAGAAAAACGGUUGAGUGUAAAAAUAUUUAAGGCUGUAUCAUAAGAAGAAAAAGCUUAAUGUAUUUGUUGUGAAUAUGAAAAACUGAUAUAUUAAAGAAGUGCAUGAAAACUGUA